AUGACAAGCUUGAAGUGUUUAUUGGUUCUUUGCAUUGUGAACUCCCUCCUGCUCCACGUGGAUGCUAACAACAAUGAGGAGAUCAACCUGGCAGCAUUGCUAAGGAGCAUCUCUUCAAGGAUAUUUGUCAGUGAUGAGCCCAUGGUGAAUGAUAAGUGGCUGCAGUUCAAAGACAAGUCACCAAGCGAGGAAAAUAAUGAGGUUCCAGUGUAUGAGGAUGAGGGAAAUUCCUUUACUGGACUGAGCGCUGGACCAUUUACAGAUGGACCCAAACUAUUGACCAAGUCUGGGAUUGUCAGAGGGCUGAUGGUGGACAAGGCAUACAUUUUUUAUGGCAUUCCCUAUGCGGACCCUCCUGUUGCUGCAUACCGAUGGAAGCCCCCAAGACCAGUAACCCCAUGGAAAGGGGUGUAUGAUGCCACUUACCCCAGGCCAGCAUGUAUGCAGGGCUGUAUUGGGCCUAUCUCUGACGAGUGCCCAGACAAGGUGAGUGAGGACUGCCUCUACCUUAACAUUUUUGUGCCUCUGGAUAUGAACUUCAGUGCCCCACUGCUGAAACCUUUACCUGUCAUGGUCUGGAUUCAUGGGGGUGACUUCAUUGCUGGCUCUGCCACCAAGCCCCUCUAUGAUGGCCGUUUCAUCAGCAACUUCACCCAAACUGUGGUGGUGAGCAUAGCCUAUCGCUUAGGAGCAUUUGGUUUUCUUGUCUCUGGCAAAGAUCCCAAAACUUCAGCAGUGGGAAAUUACGGGAUCCUGGACCAACAGGCAGCACUUCUCUGGGUGCAGCAGAACAUUGCUGUCUUUGGGGGAGAUCCAAGCAAGGUAACAAUUUUUGGGGAAAGUGCAGGAGCUCAGUCUGUGAGUCUGCACUUGAUGGUUCAGAGCAGUAAGCCUCUCUUCAAACAGGCUAUCUUCCAGAGUUUGCCCUUCUCCAUUCCUCUUAAGACACGACAUGAAUCUCUUAAGCUGGGAAAGAACUUUGCCAAGAUGGCAAACUGUUCAGUCAAAGACAUCGUCUGUCUUCUAUCCCUCAGUCCUCAGGCUGUCUUGGCUGCGCAGAUCAAAUCCAGCUCAAAGGUGGUGAAUCCAUUUCGGUUUCUCGAGGUGUUUGAGAGCUGGGGGCCAUAUAUUGAUGGGGAGCUGAUUAAGGAGCAGGCAGUGAGUGCUUUCCAGAAGGGUCAUUGGCAGAAGGAGAAACCUGUACUCUUGGGGACAACUUCUGAGGAAGGUGUGAUUUUUGUGUAUGGGGUCUUCACCAAGCCUGUGUCAGCAGUGGAGUGCACUGUCUACACCACAGCCAUCUUCAAACAGCAUGCACUCAAGAUCCUGCACAAGUACAUGCCCCUAUACAGAGACGCCGACCACAGGGACAUGUUAGCACAGAUAGUAACAGACUACAUCUUCUUGUGCCCGUCACGCAAAUCAGCACGUGCCGGCGUACUGGCUGGCAGCUCUGUGUGGACGUACGUGUUUGACCACGUGGCGAGUGACCAUCGUGUCUGGUCCGGGCUGACCUUCUGCUACCAACACGCCUGCCACGGUGCAGAACUGCCCUUCCUGUUUGACACAGCAGCCGUGGCCAACUUUACAUUGGCUCCACCCGAGCGCCUCCUCUCCAACCGCAUGCUCUGCUACUGGGGAGCAUUUGCCCACUCUGGAGACCCCGGAUCAAGGUUUGAGCAGAGCGGCUUCUGCCGUCAGCAGAGACCCCCAGCAUGGCCCCGCUACGCAGCCACCAGCGGCUGGCUGAUGAUGAACUUUACAGUGCACUUGCAUGUCCAGGCUGGCUCCCGUAAUGACAUUUGUGAUUUCUGGGACAAGCUAGGCAUCUACUGA